AUGUCGCUGCCCCCGCCGCGUGCUUCAAAAACGCUUCCGGGUCGCGAGACUCUCGCGAGACUCUCGCGAGAUCCUGCACCGGCCAAGAUGGCGGCGCUGUGUCGGUACUCACAGCAGUGCGUGUACAGGAGAAGGCUUCAGGCGCUGCCCAGCCUCUGCGCCACCGCCGCACAGCGAUGUGGGCACGAGCCGGCGACGCCCCCGGUGCUCCAGCACGCGCAGGGGAACGCGUACUCCACUGGAGGGAGAAAGGGAUUCUUUUCGGAGUUUUUUGACAACAUUAAGCAGGACAUGACAAAGAAUAAAGAAAUGAAGGAGAGUCUUAAAAAGUUCCGGGAAGAGGCGAAACGACUCGAUGAGUCUGAUGCCCUGCAACAGGCGAGGAGGAAAUACAAAACAAUCGAAUCGGAGACGUUGAAGACAUCGGAAAAGCUUAAGAAGAAGAUGGAGGAGCUGUCGGACACCGUGAAGGAGGGCUUUGAGGAGGUGGGUAAGACCGAUAUUGGGAAGAGGCUCAAGGAGGGAGUGGAGGGAGCCGCCCGCACCGCCAAGGACUCUGCGCAGUCCGUGUCGCGGAGCGGGGAGAUGCUGGGGAAGACGUCGGCAUUCCGCGCAAUCUCGCAGAGCGUGGAGUCGGUGAAGAGGGAGAUUGACGACAGCGUGCUGGGCCGCACCGGCAGCUACCGGCCCCCGGCGGUGCUGAGGAAGCGAAGCGAGGGCGCCGCCGACAAGGACACGGAGGAGAAGAUCUUCUCGGCCAACACAGAGGCGAUGGGCAUGGUGCUACACAAGGACUCACGUUGGUAUCAACAGUGGAGGGAGUUCCGCGAUGGGAACGUCGUCUUCAACAGGUUCUUUGAGAUGAAGAUGCGUUACGACGAGAGUGACAACGCUAUGAUCCGCGCGUCACGCACCCUCACCGACAAAGUCUCCCAGCUCGUCGGGGGACUUUUCUCCAAGACGGAGAUGUCCGAGGUGCUCACAGAGAUCCUCAAGGUGGACCCCGCCUUCGACAAGGAGCGGUUCCUCAUGCAGUGCGAGAAGGACAUCAUCCCCAACGUGCUGGAGGCGAUGUUGCGGGGACAGUUGGACGUGCUGCAGGACUGGUGCUACCAGGCGACGUACAGUCAGCUCGCUCACCCCAUCAAGCAGGCUAAGGCCAUGGGCUGCUCCUUCCACUCGCGCAUCCUCGACAUCGACAACAUUGACCUGGCGAUGGGGAAGCUGAUGGAGCAGGGUCCCGUGCUCAUCAUCACCUUCCAGGCUCAGCUCGUGCUGGUGCUGCGAGACUCCAAGGGGCAGACGGUGGAGGGCGACCCCGACAAGGUGGUGCGUAUGUUGUACGUGUGGGCUCUGUGCCGUGACCAGGAGGAGCUCAAUCCCCUGGCUGCGUGGCGCCUCCUGGACAUCUCGGCCUCCAGCUCGGAACAGAUCCUCUGAUCGCUCAGCCCGCUCCCGGCCCCGCUCCCGGCUCCACAACAGCGACCACAUCUUGGCUCCGGUUUAGUCAGAGCUCCGAUACUGCAGCUCGUAGGGUGUGCCGCCACCGCCGGGAGUGGUGGUUGGUGGUGGUGGUGGUGGGAGGAGGAGGAUUAGCUGAGCGUGAGCACUGCUAUGGGGGUGGGGGGGGGCACGGUACGGGUGAAGGUGCAGCCCUGAAAUUGCUUGUUCGAGCCACUGCUGGCGGAAAGGCCUCCACUACAGGGAGCUCUUAAGAGAGCAAAGAGGGUAUUCUGCCUACUUUUCCACACUGGCCCGACAUCUUGGAAGAGGUGGAAGGUGGACGCGAUUCGUAAUGAUUCCUCCUCUCUCCUCCUCCGUGUAACGCGGGGGCCCAGGGUGCGCUAGCGGGCAGCGUGUGUCACGUUUAUUGCGACCUUGCCCGACCCUGUACUGCCAAGAUGAGGACGACACCAUUUUUUAUUGAUUGAUUUUUUUAAUGUAAAAAAUAGUGCUAUGUUGGAAGAGAAUGGUUAUUAUUAUUAUCAUCAUCAUCAUUAUUAUCACAGUCAUAAUGCGCUAUACAUGAAGCUAUUAAAACAGGCGAAACGCGA